AUGGAUGAUCCAGAUGUCAACUUUGAGGCACAGAUAAAUGAACUAGUGUCAUCACCAAAUGUAACCGAUCGAUGUACAGUGCUAGAAGAACACCAACGCGAAAUGGAGCUUCGAAAAAUUCAAGCUGAUAAGGAGCUUGAAUAUUUAGCGCCGAGUCCUGCUGCUUCCAAAAGGAAAAGCUUCCGACCUGUCAGUGCUAAGCCACGAAUGUUGACUUUGACAUCACUGGCUGAGGAUCUUGAGGUCGAAACUACCGCUUUUCAAGAAUCAGAGACUAAUUGCCUGGGACAAUUAGAAUGUUCACAUGUGUUAGAGAUAUCUAGCAGCUCUUAUGAUGAGCUGUUUAGUCCAGCAAAUGUGCUAGAGAAUAGCAGUCGGACGCUAUGGAUAUCAAGCGGAAUGUUUCCUCAAUUUCUUCGAAUCGUUUUACGCGAGCCUAAGCCUGUGGCCGCUGUAGAAAUUACUUGUAAACAAAUCAACAAGCUACAGCUACGCGCAUCCUGUAAUCGACAUGUUGCCAUAAAUCGUAUGACAAUAUUCGCAGAAUUGGAAGUCGGUGCUGCAGAUAGUAGAAAACUAGACACGCAUCGAUUUUCAUUAACAUGUCGCUCUUUCAAAAACGCAAAUGACAGUGACGGUAAUGAUGAAUCGACUUCAGAGCCAUUGAUUGAGGCCAUUCAGAUUAAUAUUGAUAGUGGACACAGCGCUUUUGUUUGUGUGUAUUUCGUUCGACUAUGCAUCGCAAACUCAGACGAGAUAAGAAGAUGA